AUGGCGCUCCCUUCCUUCCUCGGCGCAACGGCCACCUCGCAGCCCUUGCCCAUGCAGCUCGACCUCGACGACCCCGAACGCGCCAUCUCCCAACUCAAGGCCAUCCGCAACGCCGUCAUCGGCUCGCGCACCAAAAAGUCCAGCCUCGUCCAUACGCGCGUCAUCCAGCAGCUCGUCGAGCUGCUCCACGUCGACCUCGGCGCCACUCCUCAUGCAUUCGACCUCGUCAGCCUCGCGGCGACCAUCGUCGCUUCGCUCGCCAACACGCCAGCACAUUCCACCAUGCUCCAGCUCAUGCGAUCCGGCACACACGACGCGCUGCUCGCCUGCCUCACCAAUCUUACCCACGACUUGAACCGCUCGGGACGCCACAUUCUCGACCCGGUCACUGGCUCGUUUGACACACUUCGGCUCCUCGAGUCGGUCCUGAGGGCGUUGAGAUCCAUCCUCCUGUCCGUCGCUGACCAGCUGUCUCCGAGUCCUCGCUGGGGAAUCGGCUCCAGCUGGGGCACCAAGCCUGCGGCGGCAGGCGUAGCCAUAUCCAACCCAGGCGCUUAUGCCGCAACCUCCAAAAUUUUUGGCAAGAGCAGCCGCGACUCGCUUCCUGCAUCGCCGGUCCCCAUCCAGGACGUCCUCAUGAACAGCGCCAGCAACGACAAUCUGCGCGACAAACUCAGACACGACCAGGUGGAGUCGGAAGCUCAACAGCAGCGCGAGCUUCGCCGUCUCGCCAGAAUCUUCCUGGCUCGAGUCUACGACCCUGCCAAUCUUGCGUUGCUGCUCGGGCCUCUCUUCAUGUGCCAACUACCGCAGGAGCAGACAUCUGCAAUGCGUCCACCCUCCUCAGCAACCUCACAUGCAGCGUCGCCGAUGAGGUCGGGCGCGAGCUCCUCCGCUACUCCCAUCGACGAUGGCGCCCAAGCCUCGGGUGUGGAUGGUCCGCAGGCCGUCGUCGAUGUCGAGCGCCUACCCAUGACCGUCAAGACCAAGAUCCUCAGCAUCGUCGAAAUGAUCUGCGCAAUCCUCUCCGGCACCUUGUUCAUCCCGGGCUAUGCACCAGACGCACCCGCCGUCAGUUCCACAUCGGUUGCAGUUCAGAUCUCGCAGCGUCGCGAGAGGAUCCUCGACUUUAGCGCCGUCGAAAGCCCCUUUGCUCCCGAUUUCAAGCUCGGACAAGGAGCCCGGGGUCGCAGCGAAGCAGUCCCCGCGAGCCAUUCUUCCUCGCAGCUGCAAGCCGAGGUCAUCCGCAAAGGCUCGCGCUCUCGAUCGCGCAUGAAGGAUGUCGAGCACGCAGGCACCUUCGACACGCCACCCCUGCCGCCGUGGACCGAGGACGAAGUCGAGCAGCUCCGCGCACCCUCCGAUCUCGCCUCAACUGGCCCACCCACCCUUCUCACGGUCCUGCUCGCCGCUGCUGAAUCUGGCUUCGUGAAAGCACAAGAGGCUGCCCUGCACUGCCUGGUGGAGCUGACGCGCGAUGAGCCCGAGGCUUCUGCGCGUCUAUUCAAGUGCCUUUCGCCAUCCGGCCUGCUCCCGACGUCGGUGCUGCUCAACUUCCGCCACACGAGCAGCGCUAACGUCCGGCUCGCCGCCUUUUGCUGCCUCGCCAACAUCAUCAAGGUCCACCCCUUCAGCGCCAAGACCAACCAGUGCGUGCUGGAGGUGCUGAUGGAACUGCUCGACCGCUCGCCUUCGGCCGCGCCAGCCGCUACCACCAGUGCGUCCGCAUCCCAGUAUCAAGGCUCCAGCCACGUCGAGAUCCAGAUCCAGGCUGCUUUCGCCAUUGCCCGCCUGGUGGCUGACAAUGUCACGCUGCAGAACCUCGCGACCGAGAGUUACGACGCGCUGUCGAAGCUCGCGCUCUUGCUCGACCACGCGUGCACGCGCAGCCAGCCGUCUGGCCCUGCAGCCAAGAUGGAUCGCUCGAACACGGCGGCGGCCGCGAUCCUGGGCAGCAUUGCGGGGACCAAGCCGAGGGCGGACAACACAAUCGGUGUAGCGCCGCCGACGGUGGAUGAGUCGGCGAUCCGACUGCGCGAGGCGUGCCUCACGGCGCUGGCCGCACUCACUUUCCAGCACGACGAGCCGCGGCGCAAGCUGAUCGACUCGGUGCAGCCGCCCGUGCUGGCCAUGGUGGUGUCGAGCAUCAGCUUCCCGGCGCUCGGUGUGCGUGUGUCGGCGUGCCGCCUGACGCGCGCGCUCUCGCGCAGCCUCUCGAUCCUGCGCACAUCGAUCGUCGAUGCAGGUGUGGCGCCCAAGCUUGUUGCGCUGCUGCGGGAUGCGGACGAGGAAGAGGUGGUGCGCGUCGAGGCGACGGCAGCGAUCUGCAACCUGGUGCUCGACUUUAGCCCCAUGAAGAAGCUCAUCCAGGAGCUCGGGGGUGUGGACAGCCUGGUCGAACUGGCGCAUGGUGGGUCGCGGCCUCGCGCAGACGAGGGUGAGGAUCAGUACUACGCGCUGUCGGCUGCAGCCACGAUGCACACGAGCAGUGUGCCGGGUGCGGGCAAGGAGCAUGCGGUUCGCGCUGUGCGUGCCGGGCUAUCUGGUUCGCAGCAGCUAAGGCUGCACGCACUGUGGGCGCUCAAGAAUCUGCUGUCGCACUCGGACACGGCGCUCAAGGUGGACGUGAUGGAAAAGCUCGACUUCAAGUUUGUGGCCGCGUUGUGCGAGGACGCCGAGGUGGAGAUGGUGUUCAAGGAGCAGGCGCUCAACAUCCUGCGCAACGCCGCGGCGUCCAAGGAGUCCGACGUGACUUUCAUGGUGGAUGGCAUGGGCGGCGGCGCACGUCUCAUGGCGACGCUCGAAAAGUGCAUCUGGGAAGGCCGCAGUGCGGGCGAGCCCGGCGCUGCCGUGAUCGAACAGGCCGCCUUCGUGCUCGUCAACGUAGCCACGGGAACCGAACAGCACAGGAAGCUGCUGCUGAGAAGACCCAACAUCAUGGACGCACUGGCGUUCUUCUGCAACCAUCCGUGGAAGGAUAUUCGCGUCGCAGCCGCGAGGUGCAUCGGCAAUCUGCUCUCCAGGCCCAAGUCGAGCGCGGAGCCGCCGACGCAGCUCGAGGCCGACGCGGCGUAUCCCGACCUGCACUCCGAGGCAAAAGCAAGACUGACUACGUUCGGGCUCGAUGUCAAAGUCGCCGAACUAGCUCAGUCGGACGCAGAGCUCGACGUGCGCGAGCGCGCAAAGUCGGCGCUCAACAAGUUGAAUGCCGACGCCAAGACAUGA